UUGAUCGCUCAAAUUUGCGUUUGCUCCAUCCCAGCUCUAUUCUUAUGCCGAAGCGCGAAAGUGGACGCAUUCGCUUCCAAAGUCUCCCAACGGCAGCUGUUGAUUUGGAGUUUUAGACUAAGAACCACACUAUCUAUAGUCUAUGGUACUUUCAACACCCGGUACUAUAUUACCCCUCUUAGUCUAAGGAGAGCCAGGAUAGGCUGUGCUGGUUAGAUUUACGAAAUUCUGGGUCGAUAAGUCUUAGUUUGAUCUUUAUCAUCACAGAUUCAGAGUCCCGCCCCUCAAGACCCUUCGAGCCUUUCUUCUCUUUACACAUAUACAUAAAGGCCCGCUGUUCAAACGAUCCCUAGCCUUUUUCUGACCAGCUUUUUGGACUGCAUAUUCCUUCUGCAACUACCAGGUACUUCAUCCUUGAUUCCAACCCUUUAAUGCCUGUUCUGUCUCUUUCCCUGCUUCAAUUACCAGCCGUCUACUAAGCAUAUUUUUCGACAAGCCUCGCACGAGCUUCUGCUUCCAGAAUAAUGGGUUUGUCCGAACUUAUGGUCACAGCAUGAGCCACACUUUCAAUUUUCCAUUACCGACAGGAUUCAUUGAUACCAAUAUACCUAUCACAUCUCAACUUUCCAUUCGGGUCCUCCUCGUGUCAUUGUUACAUUGUGCUCCCUCAUAACACUUAGGGUUUCUUUCAACCACUUUCCCUGUCAUUCAAAUCAAGACUGGCGGCACUUCAUUACGACUGCCGUUUGAAAACAGCUCACCCACCCUUACUCAAGGUCAGCUGAAUUGUUCAGUGUUGAAAGUAAUUACAGCAUCCUGAACUAUUUGACACAAACCGUGUCUGUGCCACAUUGCUACGUUCAAGGGAAACAUCUAUACAGCCCUUGUACGGAUCCUAGAGACGCAUCAUAUAUCUUCGUCUAUUCCAAUAUUGGAUACUCCCCUUCGAGAAUGAUAUUUCCCCAACCACCCACCUCACCUUCUCGCGAGAUGCAAAACAUAUCCAAGGAUUUUUCUCCUCUUCAUAUCAGUUCUGAGCAACGAGUCAACGUUUUGCGCGAGAGAAGUGACAAUAACAGCACACUGCCGAGGUCCCCUGUUUCUGAACAAUCCAAAGGACCUUACAACCAAGAAAGGAGAAAAGAUAUGUACCAACCAGUCCCUAGUUUCACUCCUCGAGAGGUACUUCCAUCAAUAAACAGCCUCUUUGGUAGCGUAUCGGCUCCAACUAGACUUGCGCAAUCACCAUACUCUGACCGACAGAGCCCGGUCUUCCCAUCAAUAUCUCCUCAAGAUGGACGAGUACCUACUACACCUCUACACGCAGAUCGUCCCUUUGAUACAAACUUCCAGCGUCCAUCAGCAUCGCAACAAUAUCCAUAUAACUCCCGAUCAGAUUAUCCUACGCCAUCUCCUCGCACUGGACCUCCCACUUCAGGACCCGUUCCAGUAUCUCCUCAAUACGCACCUCAACUCUCGCAUCAUGACUCACGGCAAGGUCAAGUACAUUCGAGCAAUAAUUGGUCGCCUCGCUCCGAUGCUACUCGACAGGAUGCCUUCCCAGCUUUGAGGGCCCAUCCUGAUCAGUACCUACAUCAAUCUCAUGUUUCUAGAUCUGAACACGAAUCGAGGCAAAUGUAUCGGGAUCAUGCUCAAGUCAACAGGAACUACCUUCUAACCCCUGCUGGUACUAUGAUGGGCGAGCCUGUGACGGUCAAGGAUGGUCUGGGGCCGAAGAUCUGGACAGGAACUCAGUUCUUGCCUCGUUUCGUCAAGCAAGCCGAUGUUGCGGGUGAAGGACUAUGUUAUUUUUACGAUGAUGGAACUCACUGCAAGACAGUAAUUGAUGGAGAAGUUGUGAAUGCUCAUUGGGGAGUUACCAAGGCGGGGAAACCAAGAAAGCGACUCGCGAUUGCAUGUAUCACAUGUAGGGAGAAGAAGAUCAAAUGUGAUCCAGACUAUCCUAGAUGUGUACAGUGUGAUAAGUUUGGCAGGGUCUGCAAGUUCAAGAAUGCGUGAGUCACCAUAAUAGAGCCGAUGCUACUUCUGCAGAUAUAAUCUUCUGUCUCGAUGAUUUUCACAUUUGCUAACGGCAGUUUUUUGAUAGUCCCCGAGGAGGUCAGAGCUCUCCAGAUACACCACCAGCUGAUUCGGAGGAUAGUCUACCAAGACCAGGCUCUUCUCUAACUGACGGUGAAUCUUUCAGAGUGGAGGGCCGUGAAGUGAGCCAUUCUGUCUCACCACGACAAAAUCUACGCCGUGCAAGCGCUGAAUCAGAGCCUCAUACUAAGCGGCAGCGCAGCGGCUACAAUGAUUACACUCCCGUAGCUUCGGAAGCUUCACCGCGUCUUUCUGUUCAGGAGACAACAUCUCCGAGCACCGCGUGGGCCGAGGCAAGAAUCGUCCGAUCGAGUGAUCAUACCCUACAGUCAGACUGGCAGAUUGACCCAUUUCAUUCCGCAGAGGCAGGUCUUUCUGAUGAGCUUUUGGAAGUCUUUUUUAAAUAUGCUCCAGAGACCGCCUAUUGCAUGUUUCCGAAAAACAAAUUCACAAGAUGGGCUCGUGUUACACAGGAUAAGUCUUUGAAUGACCUUAUGCUCACAUAUUCCAUCCUUGCCCUUGGAGCAGCCUUCUCUCCAAACUCUAAACACAAGCAUUUGGGUGCAAGAUACGCCGCAAUCGCAAGACAUGCAUGUGACAGUCGCCGAGUUUGCAUCCAAUUGGUUCAAGCUCGUUUGAUUUUAGCUCAAUACUAUUUUGCAAUCAACAAUCCCGGCGAUUCUUGGGAUUUCUGUGGAUCUGCAGUGAGGGCUGCUUCAGGUUUGAAGCUGAAUAUCGAGAUUGAGAAGAGUGAUGACGCUUAUCUCAAGUGUUUCCCUUUCGGACUCGACUUCAGUGGAUAUGCUGAGUGCAGGAGACGAACCUUCUGGAGUUGUUAUGUUAUGGAUAGAUUUAACGGCUUUGGCUCCGGCCAUUUGAGCAUGGUUGACUCCAAGCACGUAUAUCUCCGGCUACCUUGCGAUGACCAAAGCUUCGACAACCAGAUCAAAGUCCGGAAUCCUCUUUUUGAGGCAUCAAACCCGCGAUCUCAGGACUAUCCAAGGACCAUGGGCCCAAUGGCAUAUCUGAUAAACGUAACCACGAUCUGGGGCGAUGUUAUGUCCAACAUUUACAGCAAUUCACAACGACCACACCCAAUAAGUGGCUCUGAGUUUGAGAACUUCUACAGAUCUAUCAUGGAUCGCCUCUCAAGUUGGAAAAGCACACUACCAAAUCGCUUUGCCAUCCCAGCCGAGGCGUUGGAAAGAGUGUCCGAUGCUUCAGAACUUGGCACCUACAUAACGAUGCAUGCAGUGUAUCACACGACGCUUAUGCAACUCCAUCGAUAUGUCCAGCCAUACAAUAUUGACAAUUCGCUGCUUUACCGUUACAUGUGUAUAGCCGAGGAGCACGCAAAAUCUCUUCUAGAACUUAUGAAUAUUGUAGCCGGUCGACGCGAGUCCUCUAGCACGAGGUCGCCAAGCUCAGGCGCUUCCACAGAAUUCUCUUCAGCAUUUGUCGGAUAUGCAAUUAUCUCAGCAGUCGACAUUCUUACAGCCAAAACAAAGAGAGCUGCGAUACCAUCUAUCAUCAGCUCCCUUCACGGUGCACGAUCAGUUAUCAGCGAGAUUUCACAUUUUUGGCAAGUUGCAAUGACACAAGAAGCACUUAUUUCGCAACGUGUGAGUGAGUUGGAUGAGAUCGACCGCAGAAACUGGUCGACUGCUGCGAAAGAAUUGAGCAGUGGGACUUUCGUGUUGAGAGAACCAUUGGAGAAGACUUUCCCUCGGGAAAACGAUGCCAUUUAUUAAUGAGUGCAUUUUAAAAGUGGUUUUUGUACAUUAUAUUUACUUUGACGAUGGUCCUUUUCAGGAGAACGAUACCAAGAGGCGUUUUUGACUGCUGCGCAUUUACAUUUUGUAUGAUUAUGAUAGCGUUUUGCAUAGCGGUGCAGCGGCAUAGGAAUGGAGUACAGCACAUACUGCAAUUAGCAUUUAUUCUUUCCUUCUAUGGUAUAUUCUAUCCUGUAAUGAGUUAUUUUCAAAUUAACUUGCCAUGGUCAGUACAUAUAUGUGUAUAUCA